GGGGUGGUGGUGGGGGGGUGGUCCUGGACAGCUCCAAACGCCCCCCCCCCCCCACUUAAAAACACUCCUCUGCCGUGACGUCACCGGCGGCGAGGCCUACACGAGAGAGGCUUCUGCGAACGCAUCCCCCGACGUAAGCCGCCUCUACAAUUGACGACUUGAAACGGACGCCACCUCAAGUAAUUUCGGGGAAUGUUUGUGUUGCGGUCACUUGUUAAAAUGUCCCAGCAAAGCACGGUGAUUGACAGAUUGGAGCGGUGGGCUGCUGAGGCCGACCAGAUCAUUGGCUACCUGAAGCAGCAGGUGGAUCUACUCAAGGACAGAGCUGUGUUGCAGCAGUCGCAACGUGAAGAAGAGAGUCUGCAGCAUGAGAAUGAAACACUAAAGCAAGAAAUUGAAGUUGUGAAGCAGCAGCUCAUUGCGGCUGAAGUUAGGAAUGGAUUGGUGCAGAUUCCACUGCCCACGCAGCAGACGGUGUGUGUCACUCCCCCGUCAAAGUCUGGCACCGAUACUGUCGCAGAGAAGACGUCUCAAAGUCUCUCCAGCCCCUCGGACGUCGACUCGCCCCAGGCGGCUGCCCAGCCACCUCCCACGGGGGACAAGAAAAAAGAAAAGGCUGAGAAGAAAGGUGAAAAGAAGGACAAGGAGAAGAAGGUGGCAGGCGCGGAGGAGGCGGCUCGUCCUGUGGACGUGUCCCGGCUGGACCUGCGCGUGGGACGCAUCGUCUCGGCACAGAAGCACCCAGACGCCGACUCGCUGUACGUGGAGCAGGUGGACGUGGCGGAGGCAGCGGCGCGCACUGUGGUCAGCGGCCUCGUCAAGCACAUCCCCCUCGAGCAGAUGCAGGACAGGAUGAUUGUGGUGAUGUGUAACCUCAAGCCGGCCAAGAUGCGGGGUGUGCUGUCGCAGGCCAUGGUGAUGUGCGCCAGCUCCUCCGACAAGGUAGAGAUCCUGGACCCCCCGGCUGGGGCUGUUCCUGGAGACCGCAUUACCUUCAAAGGGUACCCAGGUGAGCCAGACAAGGAGCUUAACCCCAAGAAAAAGAUUUGGGAACAAGUGCAGCCAGAUCUCCUGACUAAUGGCGAGUUCGUGGCUACCUACAAGGGUGUGCCCUUUGAAGUGGCAGGCAAGGGUGUGUGCAAGGCACAAACUAUGGCCAACAGUGGAAUUAAAUAAGGGCUUUAAAAUUGUUUGUGCAAUGCUCUCUACCUGCUGCUGAAUAAGGAUAUUUCAAUGUUAAAUGAUAGAGAGCUAUACGACUACAAAUGAUGCUGUGUUGUUAGAACAUUUAAGUAAUUCUCACUUUAUGCUAUGUUCUAGUACCGGUUGUACGAGACACUGGCAGACGUUGACGAUUUGAGUGCUUGGUGCAGUAAAACUCUCCUUUGCCAGGAUUGGAGUUAGGAAAUUCUCUCAAAGACAAAUUCAUGGCUAAAAGUAGUUGUAUUUAUAUUAAAGACUUAUCUAUGGCUAACCUGUGAAAAUCGGUGGAUAAUAGCCUUCAUUUUAAAUCCGAUGCAAUGUACUGCAGUGUACAGACACUUCUCGCUGAUUGAGCAAGAUAGGUUGCAUGAAAUUGGCUCGAUAAGCAAAGACUCGUUAAACGAUAAUAGAAUUUAGCAUUGAAAUAGCUGCUAAAUUCUAUGCUAAUUCCUUUGUCAAGGCGCAUUGUUUCUUCUCACACAGCUUAAAGGUCGCGAUCUGAGCGUGGCUUUUUCGCUCCAGCGCUGUCCUCCAGACAGUCUCGUCCCUUCACCUGAUGAAGGCCACUUGUGUUGUGUGACUUUACCGAAAGAACCAAAGAAGAUGAAUCCUUGCAGUCACGAAAGCUUUAAAUCAGUGUUCCAUCGCCAAGCAAAGUUUUGCUCGCUUUGCCAACAAAUAAAAAAUGCUCGUUGUGGCGAAUUCUCGUAGAAAGAACGUUCGUUAAGCGAGAUACGCCUGUGUGUUCCCCGUGGAAGCAGCGGCACCUUCACUCACCGGAGAUAACAGUACAGAGAACAACAUCCACAACACAAAACAUAAUCUUCCAUUGUUGUCGAUACAGCCUUCCUGUUAGGGAAGAAUUGUGGAUCAGCCAGACCAUUUGGAAAUUAGGAGUUUGAGAUAAGAAGGCUGUGGAUAAGAGUUUUACUGCCAUGGUUUGGGAAAAUAAAAUCUGAAUUGAAAUGUUCAUCAUAAUCAUUAACAAGCUGAAGGCCUCCCCAAGUCGGCACUAUCAUCCUGCGACACGAUAAGCCGAAAUGUUUAUUGAUCAUUUUACUGUUGGUGUAACUUUAUAUUUUGUAAAGAGUAAGAAGAAAGCAAAAAACAAACGCACUCCUACUCUAUAUAUACCUGAAAUUGUUUCGUCUUUUUUUGGCAUUCGAAAUAAAUCGACGUCUACAGCACAAUGUUU